AUGGUCCAAGAAGCUGAUGAUGAGCCUCAUAAGAUAGUAAGCGAGUCUAGGGCGGAAGAAGACCAAGUUAUGGUCAACACCGAAGCCGAUGUGGUAGAAGAAGAGGCCGAGCACACGGCCGAGGAAGAAGCUAAAGAGCCAUUGGAAAAUCUCGAAGGUUCGGUGGUCGAAGACGAAGAGCUUUAUAGGGAUGAUGAGGAGUAUGCUGAUGACGAGUACCUAAAGGAUCUGUCGGAGGAAGCUAUAGAACACUUAGAGAAAGAGCGCAAUCAAGAGAUGGCCAAGUUUGAGAAUGAGCUAAAAGUGGGCAAGGUCAAAGUAAGUUUGGAUACUUUGACGAGAGAUGUGUUCGAUGAGGUCGAGUCCAUUGGCCAAAUGGAAGGGGCCAAAGAAAUUGAGGUGGCCCAAGAAAUUCUAAAGGAAGGGAAUGCCCAACCUUGCAUCAUGGUGACCAAAAGGAGGAAAAAUUACUCGAGAAGGUGUGCUAUGAGAUGCCCACCAAGAAAAUGUCCUCCCACCUUAAGCCUUUGUAUGUGGGAGCUCAUUUCGAUGGAGUUCCGCCUCAAUCAUGAGGAAUUAAAGAAAGGCUCAGAUGAGUUAAUUCUGACCGAGACAACGGUCAGUGGGUUCGUGGGAGACACCACGACUUCAAAGGGGAUCAUCCCACUCCUAGUUAGAGUGGGGCAAAAAGUUAGAAUGACUGCUUUCUUUGUGGUAGAGACAACGACCCCAUUUCAAUGCUUUGUUGGGCCGAGAUUGGAUCCAUGGAAGCAUGCCGAUGCAUUGCCCUUCAUCUCCUCUGCCAAUGCGGUAGAGGCAAAGUUUUAUGAGGUUGACAUUGGGCCCCUUUAUUUUACGGGGUCAGAUAGGAACGGCCGACCUACGGGAGUCUCGGCCCAAAAGUUGAUAGACUUGGGGGCACAUGAUGCCCAAGCAAAUGGGGAGCACCCCACUAUAGCUGAUUUUUUCUCCCUCAAUGAGUGA